UCCAAACAAAAAUCAACACAAAUCAAAUAGUCCACGAAAAUACCAGUAGGAGAGAGAAAGAAGAGUGAGAAAGGAAGGAGAGACAGAGACAGAGAGAGAAGAUACUCCGAACCAAAACGAAGAUGAGUCAGAUCGUAAACAGGAAAAAGAAGGGCCGGCCGUCGAAGGCAGAUCUCGCCCGGCGCGCCGCUGCCGCCGCUGAGGAGCAGGAAAGCGACGGCCGGCGGAGUCGCCGCCGCCGCGACGUCAAGUACACUUUCGACCUCGCCGAUUUCAUCGACGACGAGGAGGAGCGGAGGAGGGAGAAGAAGUCGAAGCAGCUACUGAAGCUACAGAAGAGCAACGAAAGCGGCGGCGAGUCGGCUCGUGGUCGAACUCGGCGCGUAGAGCACGCGCCUGCGUCUUCGUCGGAGCGUGAAGACGGGGAUGGGCCGUUGAAGAAGAGGAAAAUCGACGGUGGUGAUGAAGACGAGGAGGUCAGGUUAAGUAGGAGAAAAGGAGGAUCCAAGGUGGCUGACUCUGUUCCAGAGGCACCAUCUGGUCCUCCGCUGGGGAUUCCUUUGCCUGAGAAGUCGUCACUGGAGUUGAUUCUUGAUAAACUUCAGAAGAAAGAUACUUAUGGUGUAUAUGCUGAACCGGUUGACCCUGAUGAGCUUCCAGAUUAUCACGAUGUGAUUGAGCAUCCAAUGGACUUUGCCACUGUAAGGAAGAAACUGGGAAAUGGAUUGUAUUCUACCUUGGAACAAUUUGAGAGUGAUGUGUAUCUGAUUUGCACAAAUGCAAUGCAAUACAACGCGCCGGAUACCAUAUACUACAAGCAGGCACAAUCCAUCCAAGAGCUGGCAAAAAAGAAAUUUCAGGAGUUGAGGAUUGAUGUUGAGCACAAUGAGAAAGGGCUAAAGUCAGGGCAGAAACCUAGAUCCAACUCUUUAGCUAAGCAACAGAUAAAGAUGCCAAUGAGCACGACCCAACAGGAACCUGUUGGCUCUGAUUUCUUCUCAGGUGCCACUCUUGCCACAACAUGGGAUUUCCAAAAUGGUUCAAAUGCAACGAGUGAUGGUGGUUUUGAGAGGCUUACCACUGCAGAUGGGCCUGUAGUGGGAAACACUCCCCUAGUUGAUAACAAAAUUGAUAAGGCUGAAGAUUUGCAAGGGAGGGUUCCUCUAUCUCGGUUAGGGAGGAAAGCUUUCACCCAUGAUGAGAAUCGUCGUGCAACUUACAGCAUUUCCAAUCGACUAAUGUUUGGAUCGGAAUCAAUAUUCAACACCUUUGAUGCUCAAGUCAAGCAGCUGGUUGCUGUAGGGAUUCAUGCAGAUCAUUCCUAUGCCAGGAGCCUGGCUCUAUUUGCUGCGACACUUGGACCCGUUGCUUGGAAAGUUGCCUCCAGGAGGAUUGAAGAGGCAGUACCUCGUGGUUUCAAAUAUGGUCGUGGAUGGGUUGGAGAUUAUGAGCCACUUUCAACACCAAUAUUAUUGCCGGAGGGUUGUUCUCCAAAAGAACCUGUUUUCCUGUCAAAGACUAAUGUUAACUCAACUCCUAGAAAGGAUGGCAAAACUUCCAACAACCCACUUCCUAUCCAGAAGCAGCCUGGUAGUUUCGGUAAUUUACAAGGCAAGCCAUCUUUGGUUAAUGCUGCUGUAACCAAACCAACUGUCAGUCCUGCUGAAAGUGCCAUGGUUUCUGCGGAGGAGCCUUUGGAAGGCAAACAAGCAUUUUUAUCUUCUGGUAGAACCACACCUACUAUGUCUGCAAACGUGAAUUGUCAGCAGCAAAGCCCACUUUCCAGAAGUAAUGAUUCAGGAAAAAAGUUCUUAAAGCAACUUGAAUUGAAUUGUACCCCAAUCUCAGCCAAUCAAAACACAUGCAGUUCUGUUGCAGAGAAGCAGCUUUCAAAUGGUUUGGAUGUGCCAGCUUCACAGUCGAUGGAGAAUGUUUCCAGAAACUGCAAUCUUUUGCAGCCUGUACCUUUAAAGCAACCAGAGAAUCAUGGAUUAGUUGCAGGAGGAUUGCCGACUGGAAAACUCACAAGUAGUAGUUUGGAUAGAAAUAGAAAGGUUGUUUCGUCAUCUGAUAGUAUUCCUAAACAAAUGGUGAUGUCAGCGACUUGUAUUCCGCAUGGACCUGACCAAGGUCUUAGUGAUCCUGUCCAGUUGAUGAGAAUGUUGGCUAAAAAUGCAGAAAAACAGCAGACAUCUUUCGAUCAUUCUGUUGUUUAUAACCCAUCAGUCAUGCCACCUGUUCCAUCCUCAAAAAGAGAUGAUUCAAACAAUGCCUCUGCAGCUACUGCCCAAGCAUGGAUGUCAAUGGGGAGUGGAAUGUCUCAAACUGCUCCAGAAAAUAGAAGUGGCCACAAGAAUCAGAUUUUUGCUAAUUCACUUUAUAAUAACCCUACUAGGGAGCUCCAGCAACGAGUUUCACAAUUCCGGGGUGAUUUUCCCAAUUCUGUUAUGCAGUUUCAACUCGCGAAGACUAGUUUCCCAUUUCAGGCCAUUGGGAUACCACCUGUUCAAAUGGGAAACGAAACUCAUUUCCAAUACAGAGAAAUGAAUUUCCCUCCUUCAGCAGCCGGCUUGUCUAGGUUUCAGAUGCGAUCUCCUUGGCAAGGGUUGAAAUCUCAAGGACAACCAACACAGAAUCAGGAAUGGGUUCCUCCAGACUUGAAUAUUGGUGUCCAGUCAUCUGGUUCGCCAGUGGGCCAGUCAUCAGGUGUCCUGUUGGACUCUCAGCACCCAGACCUUGCUUUGCAACUCUAAGGCUGCAGAAUAUUGUUGGAGACAUUGGACCGAAAGAGAAGAAAGAUGGGAAUUCUAUCAUCUCAUGUCUAACGGCGUUGGAACUCCGAAACCCUUGACCCAACUAGUUAUUUAAUUUAUUACUUGGACGAAACUUGGGGAAGAUUUUUUCCAUAGAAAGUUGAUCUAGCUUAAGCUCCAAUUUGAAGGAUGAUCAGGUUAGUUGUAGAAGAUACUACGUAUAAGAUUGGAUUCCUUGAGAACAAGGCAGAGAUACUUAUAAAUACUAGCUAGUUUGGUCCUCUGCGUUGAAUGAGGAUCACUGUCUUGCAGGAACAUAUUAGGGUUAGGGUAUCAGAGAGUGCUGUGCUGAGGGAUGAUUAUAGACCAGGUUUACAAGUUCUUUAAUCCAGUGAGUUACACAUGUACGCAAUCGAAACCCUGUGCAUUUUAUAUUGCUUGAUAAUUAGUGAUUCCUUGAGAACAAGGCAGAGAUACUUAUAAAUUCUAGCUAGUUCGAUCCUCUGCGUUGAAUGAGGAUCACUGUCUUGCAGGAACAUAUUAGGGUUAGGAUAUCAGAGAGUGCUGAGCUGAAGGAUGAUUAUAGUCCAGGUUUACGAGUUCUUUAAUCCAGUGAGUUACACAUGUACGCAAUCGAAACCCUGUACAUUUUAUAUUGCUUGAUAAUUAGUGAUUACUUGCAUCUAUGCUGCCUCUUGAUGUCUCACAGAUAUUUUUCUUGUCGGCCUCCUCAAAGGAUAUUUUGUUGGGCCGAGCUCAAUCGGUUUUGCCAAAGGAUGUUGAGCUUGAAAAACUAUCGAGCUUCAAAAUGUAUUCAAGCUUGCGUCCAGAUGUACCCCGAAUAGUGUUUAACGAGCCCAACACAAGGCUAACUGGAGUAUCCGUCAGUGAUAAAUUAGGUCUUACGCGCCCUUUCUAACUUCAUUCUGUGUGCAUGUAAUAGCCUGUGAUACGGAAUACUAAGCUCUAUUUCCCUGAAUUACUGGGUCUGAAGAAUCCUAGUACAACCCGAAACGGAAACUUGUUCCAAGUGACAUGAUAUGGAAUUGUGUUAUCUUUGUGUUUUCCACUGAAAAGUUGAUUACACAGGAGAAUUACCAAAACAAUUCUACAACAAAAUGAAUUGAACAAGGUGAAAUGUGAAAUGGUGUGGUUCAACUCCUGCUUCGGCCGCCAAGAAGAUGUUAAACACUGGAUUUGUGCAGAGUCUAAACACCGUUUACUGAUUCUCCAUGUUGCGCGCUGCUUGAUCGGAAUCGUUAUUGACAAUGUUCUGCUAUUUUAGAUUAAAUACACAUAUGCUACUUAUACAUGCAGAAUAUUGCUAAUCAAGAUCUUCGCAUGGAAAGCAGUGAUAAUCGAGCGCGAAGGCUUUGGCUGCGCUUGUUCUUCAAGUUUCUUCGGCGGGUCUUCUUCCCGGGGCGCAUCACACAGACGUCGCCGUUGCAUAUAACAGAGCUCGAUUUCGAGGACCUCGAAAAGCAUCUCAAGAAACUGAUAAAAAACAACACCAUUGCUGAGAAAGAAGAGACAGAAUCUGAUCUGUGGAGAAGCUCCUGUAACCACCCUACCCUUGUAAAAGUUUGUUUUUCUCUGUGAUGUGAUGAUGGGAGU